AUGAGUUUCUCAGAGUCCAUCAAGCGGCAAAAAGAGAGAUUGCAAAAAACUGUCACUUUUGUUAAAUAUGUAGAUGGGAGAAUUUUCAAAGAAAUUAAAGAUGAACAUCCUCAGUUUAUUGGGAAGCAGUAUGGUUUUGUGGUAGAUGAAAUGCCUGAUAAAGUUCCUGCUAAAGUAAUAGAUAAUAUUUAUUUAGGUUCCCAGGAUUGUUGUGAAAUAGAAGUAUUGGAUAAGUUCAAUAUCAAGUUUGUUUUGAGUAUAGGAGUGGAAGCUCCUAUCAAAUAUGAUGAUAUAACCUAUAAAUUUAUUGAAUGCAUGGAUUUGCCAGAAACAAACCUUACUCCAAUUUUAAGAGAGUGUAUACCAUUUAUAGAAUAUGCUGUGAAACAGCAUCAUAAUAUUCUAGUUCAUUGUAAUGCAGGUGUUAGUCGUUCUUCAUCUGUUGUAAUAGGUUAUCUCUUGAUUGAUAGAAAAUAUAGUUAUUUACAAGCAUACAAUGUUGUUAAAACAGCAAGAAGUUGUAUUAAUCCCAAUGCUGGUUUUGAAAAACAAUUGCAACAUUUAGGUAGGUAG